AUGGUAGUCACACCAGGCGGAUGGAGAGGCACGUUCUCCGACUUUUACGCCCCACAGACGACGAACGCCCGGCUAUUCAGCUUCCACAGCGACCGCGACGACGUCGAAGAGCUACCGCUAGAAUCUCUAUCUUUAGCAUCAGCAUCCUCGCCGUUGCAGGAGAACAAUAGAGCCCCUCGCUGUGUUCCAGCAGCAUCGGAAAUCCUUGUUCUCGAAGCGACAGGGGAGAAGUUCGACCACGAGAGUUCGGCGAGCAGUCAAGUCACUGCGGAGUUGUUUGAUUCUGUCUGUUCCACGUGGCGUAUCUCUCCGUUGGUCAAGGAGCGGAUCUCCAGGCCUGGUUCACUGCCACGGUUCGAGUAUGAGUAUGAUGAACGCCAGCAGCUUCAGGGUGAUGAGAACAUGAACGAUGGCCAGACGAGUCGUGCUGGGAAUGAGAAGCUAAGAAUGAAAGCGAUCGACAUCGGCUUCCAAUGGGGACCCGGGCACGGUACUUUUAUCGUCGCGUGCGGAAAGUACGACUUCGACACGCGAGCACUCCACAUGUUUGUCUCAUGGAGGGGAAUCUUCUCCUGCUAUGGGUUCAGCUCGCCACCAAAUCCGCCAGACCAAUGCGACCUUUUGAACCUUCCAUGCAUUGCUACCCUCAUGACCCGCCACAGAACCGACCUCGCUACCCACCCUCUCAACUUCGUUGGCCUCCUCAUGUCCUGUUGCGAGCGUUAUAUCGACAUCCGGUCCCAGCAGUAUAAUCUCGCGAUGCUCCGGAUCGGUACGGCUAUGGACGCGCUCUCACCUUCCGAGUUCACUGAAUGGUUCCGAUCUUGGAAUGCGGUGUCCACAGCUGUUUCGAGAGAAAACACGAUGUUGUUCGACUGUUACAAUGACGUGACGUGGUCGGAGAAGACGUGUCUUGAGCUGACGGGCAUCGCGAGACGGUAUUUGUCAGUAGUGGAAGCCGUGGAGAGACGGUAUGGGCCGCACGGUCGAGAUCUAAUGCCGCGAGAUAUUGUGCACAGUGUUGUUUAUCGGACGGAGAUGCACGGUCACCUGCUCAGGUAUGUAGACAAGAUGAUCACAAUGCAAUUUAAUUUCCAGAGCAACAACUUGGUGCAGAAAGAUGCGCAAGUAUCGAUCCAGAUAUCUUCGGCGACGAGGGAAGACGGCAGGUCGAUGAAGACACUGGCAUAUCUGACUCUAUUUUUCCUGCCCAUCACCUUCGUGUGUGCCAUCUUUUCAACGACCAUUUUCAACUUCGAGAAUUGGCACGUCGAUAAUCGAAAUGUGGUGUCGUCUGGCUGGUGGGUUUUUGUCGUAAGUUGUGUGGCGGCCAUGAUCGGGACCACCAGUGCUUGGUUCGUUCUUAUUGUGCGUCAACAUGAUCAAGGCUGA